UCUGUGACCUACACAUCAGUGCAAAACACUACCAGAGAAUCCUAUUUUGAUCAUUCUGUGUAGAUGGAACAGGCAUCGGUCUUGAGAGCCCAUCCUGAUGUAAAGCUGCUUACUUGGUUUUCCAGGAUUAAAGGUGCUCAAUGAAUCAGGGCCCCCCAAAUGAGUCAAACAGCCAAUUCUUGCCAACAGUUGGUUGAAAACUGUGCCGCGCAUGUAGCAGGGAUGGCGCAAGAGGACAGUCGCCGUGGUCAAGUGCCACCCACGUUUUAUCAUGGUGCCAGCCAGGAACUUGAUCUGUCCACCAAAGUAUACAAGAGAGAGUCAGGAAGUCCUUACUCUGUGUUGGUGGACAGCAAAAUGAGUAAACCACAUCUCCAUGAAAGAGAGGAGCAGCCAUAUUUCAGGGAGAACAGAUCGGUAGGAGAGGUCCGGGCUGUGAAAGAAGAUAGAGAAAACUCUGACGACUCUGAGGAGGAAGAAGAGGAGGAAGAUGAAGUGACUUACAAAAGGGAGCAGAUUAUAGUAGAGGUAAACCUUAACAACCAAACAUUAAAUGUAUCAAAAGGGGAGAAGGGUGUCCCCUCCCAGUCCAAAGAGACUGCUGUUCUUAAGACCAGCAGUGAGGAAGAGGAGGGUGACAGUGGGGACGAGGCCACUGAAGACAGUAGUGAUUAUGAGGAAAAUGAGAGGCAGAAGAAAAAAGAGAAAAGAGUGGAAAAAGUUAGUGUUGCACAAAGGAGAACAAGGAGAGCUGCAUCUGCUGCAGCAGCCACAACUUCCCCAUCACCCAGAACUACAAGGGGUCGUAGAAAGAGUGGGGAGCCCCCCAAGCGUAAGAAGAAAGCUGCAAAGGAGCCCAAGGCACCUGUGCAGAAAUCAAAGUGUGAAGAGAAGGAGACUUUAACCUGUGAGAAGUGCCCCAGGGUGUUUAACACACGCUGGUACCUGGAGAAGCACAUGAACGUCACUCACAGGCGCAUGCAGAUCUGCGACAAAUGUGGGAAGAAAUUUGUUCUAGAAAGUGAGCUGUCCCUUCACCAGCAAACAGACUGUGAAAAAAAUAUCCAGUGUGUUUCCUGUAAUAAAUCAUUCAAGAAGCUCUGGUCCCUCCAUGAACAUAUCAAGAUUGUCCACGGAUAUGCAGAAAAGAAAUUCUCUUGUGAGAUUUGCGAAAAAAAGUUCUACACCAUGGCCCACGUGCGGAAACAUAUGGUUGCACACACAAAGGACAUGCCAUUUACAUGUGAAACCUGUGGAAAAUCAUUCAAACGCAGCAUGUCUCUCAAAGUACAUUCCCUACAGCAUUCUGGAGAGAAACCUUUCAGAUGUGAGAACUGCGAUGAGAGGUUUCAGUACAAGUACCAGCUGCGUUCCCACAUGAGCAUUCACAUUGGGCACAAACAGUUCAUGUGCCAGUGGUGUGGCAAAGACUUCAACAUGAAACAGUACUUUGAUGAGCACAUGAAAACACACACUGGAGAGAAGCCCUUUAUCUGUGAAAUCUGCGGGAAAAGCUUCACCAGCCGCCCAAACAUGAAGAGACAUCGCAGAACUCACACAGGGGAGAAGCCCUACCCGUGUGAUGUGUGUGGCCAGCGAUUUCGCUUCUCCAACAUGCUCAAGGCACACAAGGAGAAGUGCUUCCGAGUUACAAGCCCUGUCAAUGUGUCAACUGCUGUCCCGAUCCCACUGUCCACGACUUCUCCUGCCACCACGGUCCCUGCUGUAGUGAACACACCCACCACCCCAGCUCCCCCCAUCACCCUCAACCCUGUGAGCACACUUCCUCCACGCCCCAUUCCUCACCCAUAUUCACACCUUCACCUACAUCCUCAUCCUCACCAUCCACAUCAUCUCCCGGUCCCCCCGGUUCCUCAUUUACCCCCUCCUCCAGCUCUUUUUAAGAGUGAGCCUUUAAAUCACAGAGGCCAGAGUGAGGACAACUUUCUGCGACACCUGGCAGAAAAAAACAGUUCAGCACAGCACCACUAACACCUUUGCUUCCUGCCAGCUAUUUGCCCAUUUUAUGCACAUGGAAACAUGCCCUCGUGGAAGUACAGAGGGUUAGUUGGUGAGGAUCUUUGUCUUUCUCUUAGCCCCGGCAGAUGGUCCUGAUUUUUCCCUCGAAUCGGUUAACAAACAAGGAAAUCCUGUCUUGGAUCAGCAGUGCUCAUCUGAACCUGGGAACCAACAGGACUUAAACCCGAUUUGCUUGCGUUUUACUGGUGACUUUUAUAAAUUUCAGAUACUGAGACUUGUGGAAUUUUAUAAUUUCAUAUCAGCUGAUGAGGUAUGCUUGCUUUUAUAUCCUGGACUUCUCCUCAAAGAGGAGACAGGCCCAGUUUUCUUUGUACUAAUCGGAAAGGCUGUGAGAUUAAUACAGAGCAUUAAUUGUAUCACUGUGUAUCGUAAUGGAUUCUUUUCAGCUUUUGGUGCCGGCUAUGGAGUGAGCCAGCCACGUAUCACAGUAUAUUGGAGCAUUAUAAAGAAAGACAAAAAAAUUUCUUGUUUGUGUAGCUCUCCUAACACACUCUUUAUUUUACUACAGAAAUUAUUUUAGAGUUUUUUGUAUAGACCUAUUUAGUAGUCUGUUUCUAAAAUGAAAUGUAUUUCAAUAAGCGGUGUAAUUUUUUCAGUGUAGCUGGACCUAUGUUGUAUAAUAGAUAAAUUUUUAUAAUCAUCAAAAUGUGAUUCUUAAAAGAUGCAUAUAGCUUCUAUAGUUAAAGUUAUUCUUACAAC